CCUUCCCCCAGGUCAGGUGUUACUGAGCCUGUCACAAAAGUCAGAUCUGAGCACUUGACAAUUCACUGCUAUAGAAGGAGCAAAGGAAGUGACAACUGAGCAGGUGCUGGAGGUCGGAAAUGGAGUUCGGCUGCAGAUAUAUUUAUGUCAACGACAAAAACAUCAAUAGAGACAAUGGGAUAGUACAUUCCCACCCCCACCCACUGCAGAUCCACCCAAAUGCACCUAUGAAUGAAAAUCCUUCCUUGGUUACAAGUUCAUAUGAUAAUUUCAUUCCCAUUGAAUGGCCUCCUGCCUAUGACAACUCUACAGCGGCUUCUGUAGCCAAAAAGGUUCCUGCACUGAAACCCCAGCUCUCACCCAAGCCAGAGCGAAGGACAAAUGUCUCUCCCAGGCCUCAUUCCCCACUUAUAGCCGAUUUAAUACAGAGAAUCACUCUACACAAAGCCACCACUUUCCAGGAGGCACCCUCUCCCAAUACACCACCAAAUCCUCACCUAGAUGUACAGCCAUCUGGUCCUACAGGUAGAAAGACACCCCCUCCUAUUCCGGAACGCAGGAAGAAACCCUCCAUGGUUCAGCACCAAGGUGUUCUUGAACCUGGCUAUGAUAAUUUCAAUCCUAAAGAGGAAUCCCAGGCUGACAAUCAAACUACAGAUGUGUACUAUGAAACACCCCCUGACAGUGCUCCAGAUGCAUCUAGUGAUUAUCUACAAGUGCUUCAAUCCCCUCCCUCAGAGCUGGAAAGGUCAAAGACUCCACCUCCUGUUCCAGAGCGAAAGAAGAGGCAUUCAUUGGUUCCUCCAGCUUCUAUGUACUAUGAACCACCCACAGGCGGGGCAUCCACUGCUUACCUGGAAAUACUUCCAGCAACUUCCUCAGAGCUGGAAAGGUCAAAGACUCCACCUCCUGUUCCAGAGAGAAAGAAGAGGCAUUCAUUGGUUCCACCAGUUUCACCUAAAUUGGAAGAAAACAAAGUAGAACAGAUACAAGCAAAUUGCAAUAUCCUGCUCCUCAAUCUUGGGAAGCUGGUGGAUAUCCCAGGUACGGCAAACUCUGUCAAGCCAUCUCUGUGUAGCAACUGCUCUGCCGCGUUAUCCAAGGUCAAUCCUGUACAAGAGAACAAGACCUGGUGUUGUGUUUUUUGUGGAUGUGAAAAUACUAUGCCAGCCGGUACACACAUUGAGAACUUUACAGAAGAUCAAAUCUGCCUCUCUGAUCCAAUGCCUGGACAGACACCUGAUGAUGACUCCAUAUUAAUAUUCUGCGUUGACAUAUCUGGGAGUAUGAGUGUGACAUCAGAAAUAGAAAAUGACAUGAGCUUUAAUGGUAACCAAGCACUCUACAUAACAAGAAUGGAGGCCUUGAAAUCUGGUCUCUUGCAGUCUCUUGAUUAUCUUUAUAGCCAACAUCCAAAGAAAAGGGUUGUGCUCAUCACUUUCAGUGACCAGGUAAUGAUAUAUGGGGAUGGCACAUCACCACCUCAUAUCCUGGAUGAUACAGAGCUGUUAGAUCCUGAUUAUUUAAGAUCCUGCGGAGAAACGCAGCCAAUGCCUCACACAUUAGAAGAAACACUGACUGCACUGAAGUCGAGGAUUGGAAGUUUGUAUGAAAUGGGAGCGACGGCACUUGGACCGGCAGCAUUGGUCUCCAUAGCGAUGGCAGCUCAAAAACCAGGAUCCAAGGUGAUCAUCUGCACAGACGGUAGAGCCAACACGUACCUGGGGAACCUGGAUGAUAUUGCGGAAGAGCAUGCCUAUCAGUCUUCCCGGCUCUUCUACAGCAACUUGGCUGGUUUGGCUCUCCGGCACAGUGUGGUAGUGUCUGUACUGACCAUAGAAGGGACUGACUGCAGGUUGCCUGAGCUCGGCCAGUUAGCUGAUAAAACUGGAGGCAAGGUAAAUAUUGUCCAUCCUCUGAACUUGGCGCAAGAGUUCCAGUCUAUUCUGGAAGAAGAAAUCAAUGCUACAGAUGUGAACGUGAGGGUUUACCUACCAAGUUACAUGUAUUUUGUAUACGAGGGGCACUCUGCACCCAUAUUGGAGCGAACCAUUGGAAGCACAACACCUGACACUGUGCUGUCUAUGGAGUUUGACAUCCAUUCAUCCAAGAUUCAGGAUGCAUUGCGUCACUCCCAACUACCAGUCCAAGUGCAGCUGACAUUUUGCCUGCCGGACGGAAGAAGAAGCCACCGGAUUCUGACUCAUAGACGGCCAGUGACCAAUGACAGUUUAGCUGCUCUGGAAGCCCUCAAUAUGAGUGUCCUGCAGAUCCAUAGUGCCCAGAUUAGUGCCCAUCUCGCUAUAGAAGGACGUGUGGAUGAGGCCACUAAGGUGGCUCUGGCGCUGAAAGAUCUCAUUGCUCAGAUUAUGAAACAUGAAAAGUAUGAGGCAAGCAAUGACGUGUAUGAGGAAUGGGAGAACACCAUGUCGCCAAUCUAUGAAGAUUUGAAAAUAUAUGGGAAUUCAAUCAAGAGACAACGUGAACAAGGAAACGAGCAUGUCCCUGCUGUGAAAGGCUUUACAGAUGAAAUGGCAAACAUGAUGUUCCACCUGAAGCAGGCCAAGAACAAAGUGAUAAAAAAGCUGAAGCUCCAGCCCCAAUAAAUAGAAAAUAUAGGAGGGCAUGGCUAACAGAGAAGAUGUAGAAUCCCACAAUGGAGUGGAGCAGUUAACCAUGUGCAGCCACAGCUGUCAACCCCACCCCUCCCAAUUUUUUGGGGAGAUUUUGGGCUACAUCCCCCACACUCUUAAGGGAGAAGGAAAUGUUAAAACUAAGUAAGCUUUAUCAGAAAGGUCUAUAUAAAUACACC